AUGGGUAAUUCAUUGUCAAAUACAGCAUUAUUUCGUCCUACGGAACCAAGUUAUAAUGAUGAUUUAAAAAAUUUAGUAUUUAUUCCUGAAUUAUUGGGAAUUGAUGUGGGUAAAUUUUGGAGUGAUGAAGUAUACGAAAUAUUUAAUAAAGAAGAAAAUAUGAAAGCGUUAAAUAAUAAAAAAUUUCCUGCUUUAUUUUUAUAUUUUUCGAAAGAACUAAAAACUAAGCAUACAAUAAUGUAUUUUCACAGCAAUUCAUGUGAUUUAGGACAUAUAUAUGAAGAAUUAUUGAACUUACAUGAGCAUUUACACGCUAAUAUUUUAGCUAUAGAAUAUGUAGGAUUCGGUCUAUGCUACUUAGAAGGUUCACCAAAUCAAUAUAACAUAAAUAGAAGAGCAUUAGCAGCAUAUAACUUUUUGAUAUCUCUAAAUAUGAAAAGUGAAAAUAUUUUAUUAUUUGGAAGAUCAAUAGGAACUGGUGUAGCAACUAAAUUAGCAUACAAUUUAAAAUUACUUGGAAAAAAUGUAGGAGGGAUUAUUUUACAUGCUCCUUAUAUUUCAAUAGGAAAAUUAGUAGAGGAUUAUUUUUCGUAUUCUUCUUAUUUUAUUGAAAACAUUUAUGAUAAUUUUAAAAAUUUGCAAUUAAUAAGUAACAACAGUGAAUCAGACAUUCCACUAUUGCUAAUACAUGGAAAAGAGGAUGAAAUAAUAGGGGUAGAACAUUCUGAAUUUUUGAUGAAAAAUUUAAACAAUAAAUACAAAAAUGCUUCUUAUCCAAAUGAUUCUUAUCAUAAUUAUUAUUAUGUUAUUGAUGAUCUUGGUAUACCUAUCAAAACAUUUUUGGAAACAUCGAGUAAAUCUCAGCACCAAAAGCGCACUGACAUUAUUAUACCUAAAUCCUUCUUGAAGAAAGAUUCUACAAAAAAUAAAAUAAAUCAUUUGAAUGAAUAUACAACUGAAAAAAAAUUAGAAAAAAAGAUAAAAAUUUCGAAUGGCAUAUUAUUGGCACAGCAUAUUAAGAAAGAAGAAAAAAAUUCUAUUACUAUAAUAAAAGACUAUAAAAGCAACAGUGGUUCAUCAGAAAAAAGGUAUUAUAUGGAUGAAAACUCAAAGAAAAGUAUAACAAAAAACAAUGAAGAAAAAUCUAUUAAUAAAUUAAAAAAAAAAAACAUGGAUUCUGAUAAAAAAAAAAAUAACUACAUUAAAAAAGAUGAAAAAUUUACUAAUGAUAAAAAAGUUAAUAUCAUAAUUUAUAAGGAAAAUAAGACAAAAGAUAGAAAAAAAAAUUUAGACAUUUCAUUAAGCGGAUCACAAAAAGAAAAAAAAAAUCAACAAAAGGAUUUGGAUCAAAAAAAUUCAAAAAAUGAAAUUCGAAAAAUAAUAAAAAACAGUGAAUUAAGUCCUAAAAAUGUAAAAUCUUCAGAAAAUGAUAAAAAUUUAGCAACCAACAUGAAAGAAAAAAAGUGUGAUUUUUCAAGCAUAAUAAUAUCAAAAAGUACUACACAUAGAAAAGACAGAGUAAAAAGUAUAGAUAGCAUAUCUAGAUCAAAAAAAAAAAGUGAAAAAAAAAAAGCAGAUAUAAUAAUAGACUAUUUAAAGCCUUCAAGCAAACAGUUAAAUAAAAAUGAUCAUAUAGAAAAUAAAUGUGAAAUAGAAAAAUAUGAAAGAAGAGAAAAGAAAAUAGUAAAAAAAGAUAUAGAAUUAAAAGAAGAAGAAAUAGAAAAUUCUAAUAAAAUAUCUAUAAAUGAACAGUAUGUCAAUGAAAUGUAUGUAAAAGUGGAACAUUCUGAAGAAAAGUAUGUAAAAGAAAAGACUAUUAAAAAAAUAUGUGAAAAAGAAGGAAAUAUUGAAGAAAUAUAUAAAAAAGUAUUUCAAGAAAUGUGUGAAGAAGAAAAUAGUAAAAAGGAAUUUGAAAAAGUAGAAGAAGAUAAAGAGAAAUACAAAAAUGAAGUAAAUAUAAACUAUAAAUAUGAAAUAGAAAGUAAGGAUAACGAAUAUGAAAAAAAUGAAAAUAGUGAUGAAAACUAUGAAAAAGAAAGAAAAGAAUAUGAUUAUGAAAAAGAUGAAAAUGGAGAAUUUAAUUAUAAAAAAGAAGGAAAUGAAGAAUAUGAUUAUGAAAAAGACGGUAAUGAAGAAUAUCAUUAUAAAAAAGAUGGAAGUGAAGAGUAUGAAUAUGAAAAAAAAGGAAGUGAAGAGUAUGAAUAUGAAAAAGAAGGAAAUAAAGAAAAUGAAAAAAUACGCAAAAUGGAAAAAAAUAAUAUGAAAAAGCUUAAUAAAGAUGAAAAUAUAAGUGAGGAAAAGAGAGAAGAUAAUGAAGUACAAGAAGAUGAAAAAGAAGAAAAUUUCAACAUUGAGAAUUAUAAAGUAAAAGAUUACAAAUACUACCUAAAAAAUAACAUUAUUAACAAAGAAAAAAUAGGAUGUUUUAUGAACAAAGUAAUUAAUAAUUUAACUGUGAAAAAAUAA